CACGUGGUUCGAGCGGGUGAGCAUGCUGGUGAUCCUGCUGAACUGCGUCACGCUCGGCAUGUACCAGCCAUGCGCGGACGACGGCUGCGUCUCGGCCCGGUGCCGCCUGCUACAGGUAUUCGACGACCUCAUAUUCGCCUUCUUCGCCAUCGAGAUGACCAUCAAGGUGCUCGCCAUGGGACUGCUGGGACGCAGCGCCUACCUGGCCGAGGCAUGGAACCGCCUCGACUUCUUCAUCGUCAUCGCGGGUGCCCUGGAGUACGUUCUGGACGUGGGCAACAUCAACCUGUCGGCGAUCCGUACCAUCCGCGUGCUGCGUCCCCUGCGGGCCAUCAACCGCAUACCGAGCAUGCGCAUCCUGGUGAUGCUGCUUCUAGACACGCUGCCCAUGUUGGGCAAUGUGCUGCUGCUCUGCUUCUUCGUCUUCUUCAUCUUCGGCAUCGUCGGCGUCCAGCUGUGGGCUGGCCUGCUGCGACAGCGCUGCUAUCUCGUGCUGCCCGACGACAACAUCUCGAUACCAAGUCCAAUAUCAUCGUACUACCAGGGUCUGGACGCCGAGAAGGACUUCAUCUGCAGCACGGAGAAGGACAACGGGAUGCACCGCUGCAACGGGCUGCCCCCGCUUGUCCUGCCCUCGGGUCUGAUCUGCAACGCGUCGGCGCAGCCGCACAGCGCCAACGCGCCCACCAACGUGUCCUGCGUCAACUGGAACCAGUACUACAACAAUUGCACGGCGGGGGACAAGAACCCCUUCCAGGGGUCCAUCUCCUUCGACAAUAUCGGCCUAGCCUGGGUCGCCAUAUUCUUGGUGAUCAGCCUGGAAGGCUGGUCCGACAUCAUGUACUAUGUACAGGACGCACAUUCCUUCUGGGACUGGAUCUACUUUGUGCUGCUCAUUGUGAUCGGAUCCUUCUUCAUGAUCAACCUGUGCCUGGUCGUCAUCGCGACCCAGUUCUCGGAGACCAAGAAACGCGAGAUGGAGCGCAUGCGCCUGGAGCGCGCCCGCUACCACUCGAGCUCGACGCUGGCCUCGACGUCCGUCUCCGACUCCGGCUGCUACACGCAGAUCAUCAAGUACCUCACGCAUCUAGGCCGGAGGGCCAAACGGAGGUUUCUACGGUGGUACAGGCGGCGGAAGCGUCGCCGGGCACUUCCGCGUAGCCACCCGGAAGUGCAGUUAGCGGGACCGGAAGUGGCCAUCUCUCCAGUAUCCGCCACGGGCGUUCACCACUCCCACUCGUCCCGACACCACCCGGACGACGGGUGUCCCCUGGACGAAUGCCACAGUCACUGCUCGUCUGAGUCGGGAUCGUCCUGUUCCUCGUCGCCGACCUCAUCGGCGGCGGCGCUGCCGGCGCUGUUCGAAGAGACCUGCGACGAGGCGGCAGCGACCGAGUGCUGCCACAUGCUGGCCCUGCCACCGCACGCCAGCCCCGAGGUCUCGGACGUCGACCUGGCCGCGUCGCCCAGGAGGCCCUCCUGCCUCAGGGUCAACGCCGGCACCUCCAACAACAAUGCACCUGGUAUGCUUGACGCAACUGCGGUGACGAUCGAGCAUCCGGGCUCCACGAGGACUUGCUCCGGGAAGAGCGUAUCCCUGCAAGCGCCCAUGACGCCCGAAGGCAGCAGCGAGCUGCGACCGCUCGGGUCGGUCGCCAGCGGUUCUUCGUCGUCCCACCACCUGCCGACGACGACGACGACCGCUGGCGGCGGCGGCGCGACGCUCACAUGCGCCGAGCUGCUCGCCUUCAGCGGCGCCCAGAGCGCCGCGCUGGCCGCCAGCUUCGCCAGCAACUUUGCUAUGCACCGGUUCUACUCUACGCUCAGUAAAGGUACGAAGCAUUACUCAGCACCGCAGUUGACCUUCCACUCGCACGGGGCAUCGCGGCACCGGCGCGCCAACGGCUCUCCGUCCCCGUCAUCGUCCUCCUCGGUCUCCUCCUCGUCGUCGUGCUCCCGGCACCACCACCAUCGCCAUCGGCACCACCCGCACGACGACGACCGCGCGUCGUACUCGUCCUCUAGCGGCACGGAGGACGAGGAAGACUCGUGGUACUCCGAGUACGAGGACGAGCUCUCCUGCGGCAGCGGGGCGACCCGGGUCCGCUACCGGGGUCCCUGCUGCCGCUUCUGGAAAGCGCGCCAGGCCCAGCUGAGGCGCCUGGUGGGACACCAGUACUUCCAGAGGGGCAUCCUCACGGCCAUCCUGGUCAACACGCUGAGCAUGGGAAUCGAGUACCAUGACCAGCCGCAAGAAUUGACCCUGGCUGUGGAAAUCAGCAACCUCAUCUUCACGGGCAUCUUUGGCCUGGAAAUGUUGCUCAAAAUUUUAGCUGAGGGAUUCCUCUCUUACAUCAGCAGCGGGUUCAACCUCUUCGAUGGUGUCAUUGUCAUCCUUAGCAUAGUGGAGCUCUGCCAGAGCAGUGGGAGUGGUCUCUCGGUGCUGCGGACGUUUCGACUUUUGCGAAUCCUCAAGCUUGUCCGGUUUAUGCCGGCGCUGCGACGACAACUCUUCAUCAUGCUGCGGACAAUGGACAACGUGGCCGUGUUCUUCGCUCUUCUGAUAUUGUUUAUUUUCAUCUUUAGCGUUCUGGGCAUGAACCUUUUCGGCUGCAAAUUCUGUGUCAAGGAACCUGAUGGGACCGUGCAGUGCGAUCGCAAGAACUUUGACUCCCUCCUCUGGGCACUAGUUACCGUUUUCCAGAUCCUGACUCAGGAGGACUGGAACGUUGUGCUGUUCAACGGCAUGGAGAAGACCUCUCCUUGGGCGGCCCUGUACUUUGUGGCGCUCAUGACGUUCGGGAACUAUGUCCUAUUCAAUCUUCUCGUUGCUAUCCUCGUCGAAGGAUUCUCAGCCGAGGGUGACCGCAAGAAGAGCACGGAGGCUUUGAAGGACACUGCUGACACAGAGGCAGACGGUGAUAAAAAGUGCGCCUCACAGGACGCUGAAGAUGACCCAAAGGACAACAUCAUGAAGGAGACGCGGAUGUUGUCCCAGCCGGCAGCGUGCGGUUGCAAGACGGACGGAAAUGACGAACCGGGACCCUUGCCAUGUGUGCCACCCAUCAUCACGAGAACGGCAGCCACUCCCCAGGGCUCCCCAAGCGCCACCCUGGAGAUGCCCUUGCGGGAGUUUGGCAACCGCCUGUCACCACUUACUGCGUUGCACGUGCUGCCCUCAUCGUCAACUCACUCAUCUGAAACAUCUGGACGAAUGACGCCCUCACCUACGCCGAGACUGUCCCGCUCCCCGAGCAACCGCAGCUCAUCCAGCGGCGCGGCCGCCACAGGGGGCGGGGCAGCUCUCUUGCCCGUGCCCCGACCAGCCAGCGGCUUCAUCCGCAACGACGUACCCAGUCCGAGCAAUGGGCGGCGUCGGAGGCGCAGUUGCGUCAGCCCAGCCCCGCCCCUGGCACGCAGGGGCUCCCCUCCACCGUCGCCUCCCGGCAGCCCCCUAAUCAAACUCCACCGCCAGGGAAGCGGGUCAGCGAACGGUCGGCGUCGGUCAUCGGCCGACUCCGACACGGACUCCCUGCUGGACGCCGAGCUGACCGGUUCCCAGGACUCAUCCUGCCUGCUGGUGGUCUCGCCGCCGCUCAACAAUGUGAUCGUCGGUCAGAACGGUGGCGGAAGCGCAUCGGCCUCUGACCACAGUCACUGCAACGGCGGUGUGCUCCCGGGUCUCAACAAUGGCGCCAACGGGGCCUCCGUCAACACCAACAACAACAACAACAAUAGCAACAACCACCACCACGGCAACAACAGCGCCCACCGACCAACUAGCCUACCCAAGCGCCCCAAUGUGCUCGCCAAGCAGAACAACAUGGCGGCUGCCGGGUGCACGAGCGGCUCGCCUCGGAACCACGAGUCCGUCGACGAGCGGGUAGAGGCGGCGGCCUACUUGGCCCAAUCACCCACCGUCAUCACUAGUGACUCCGGUGGACGACCAACGUACAUGCCGCUGAGUCGGCAGAACUCUAUACAAAGCCAACAUGGAGGAGGAGGCGGUGCCAGUGUCCUGGCGAGUCGCCACAACUCGCUAAGUGGCUCGGGAAUCUCCUACGCCGAGACGAGGCACAACUCGCUCCUCGUCAAACCCAGCGGCAAGAAGAUCAGCACCGAAGGUGGCGCUGUGCUUCACGUCAAAGUGGACAACGCUGCCGCAGCGGCGGCAACCCUUGUCUACGGCGAACGUGUCGUGCACGUGCCUAAGUUGUGCUGGUAUUUUGAGCCGAAGUGGUGGAGGUGGUGCUUCGAAAAUCGUCAGGACUAUGCACUAUUUCUGUUUCCACCAGACAGCAAGGUGCGCGUGUACUGCAAUCGGCUGACGGACGGCCGGUGGUUCGACUACACGGUUCUGGUGUUCAUCGCACUGAACUGCAUCACGCUGGCCAUGGAGCGGCCAAACAUUCCCCCACGUAGCCUCGAGCGGGAACUGCUCAUAGCUGCAAACUACACCUUCACGGUGGUAUUUGCCUUCGAGAUGCUCGUCAAGGUGAUUGCCAAGGGCCUCUGGUACGGGGACAAGGCGUACUUCAAGAGCGGCUGGAACAAGAUGGACGGAGUGCUGGUCACCAUCUCCCUCGUCGACUUCCUCCUCACCUUCGUUGCCGACGGAAGCCCCCGCAUAUUUGGCAUCCUUCGCGUCUUCAGGCUGCUCCGCUCACUCAGACCCCUCAGGGUUAUCAACCGUGCACCUGGACUCAAGCUGGUGGUCCAGACCCUCAUGUCCUCCCUGAGGCCUAUCGGAAACAUUGUCCUAAUCUGCUGCACUUUCUUCAUCAUCUUUGGAAUCCUUGGAGUCCAGCUGUUCAAGGGCUCUUUUUACUUCUGCGAAGGGCCGGAUGUGAAAGGCGUGCGCACGAAGCAAGACUGCCUGGAGAGAGGCAUGGUGUGGACAAACAGAAAAUACAACUUUGACCAUCUGGGCCAGGCACUGAUGGCUCUGUUUGUCCUGUCCUCGAAAGACGGCUGGGUGAACAUCAUGUACUCAGGAUUGGACGCCGUCGGAGAAGGCAUACAGCCCGUCGAGAACUACAACGAGUGGCGGCUGCUGUACUUCAUCUCGUUCCUUCUCCUGGUGGCCUUCUUCGUGCUGAACAUGUUUGUGGGCGUCGUGGUGGAGAACUUCCACCGAUGCCGCGAGGAGCAAGAGCGGGAGGAGCGGGCCCUGCGCGCCGCAAAGAGGGCUCGCAAGCUGGAGAAGAAGCGGCGCCGCAUGCGCGAGACGCCCUACUACGCGGGCUACUCACGCCCGCGCCUAUUCACCCACAAUAUCGUCACCAGCAAGUACUUUGACCUCGCCAUCGCCGCCGUCAUCGGACUCAACGUGGUCACCAUGGCCAUGGAGUUCUACCGCAUGCCCCUGGAAUUGGAGUAUGCCUUGAAGAUCUUCAACUAUUUUUUCACCGCCGUUUUCCUGCUGGAACUUUCUAUGAAAGUGGUUGCACUGGGCAUCCCUCGAUACCUCACUGAUAAAUGGAACCAACUGGACAUCUUGAUCGUCAUCCUGUCCAUCAUGGGGAUUGUCCUGGAGGAGAUGAAGUCAGACCUGAUUCCCAUCAACCCGACCAUAAUACGUGUCAUGCGUGUGCUGCGCAUUGCCCGAGUGCUGAAACUACUGAAGAUGGCCAAGGGAAUCCGUGCUUUGCUGGAUACCGUGAUGCAAGCGCUUCCGCAGGUCGGAAACCUCGGCCUUCUCUUCUUCCUCCUAUUCUUCAUCUUCGCUGCACUUGGCGUCGAGCUCUUUGGCAGGCUCGAGUGCGACGAAAGCCACCCAUGCCAGGGCCUCGGAGAGCAUGCCCAUUUCCACAACUUUGGAAUGGCCUUCCUCACCUUGUUCAGAGUCGCUACAGGAGACAACUGGAACGGCAUCAUGAAGGAUACGUUACGCGAUGAGUGUGACUCGAGGAGUGACUGCGUCCGCAACUGCUGCGUGUCGGCGGUGAUUGCGCCACUGUACUUUGUGGUGUUUGUGUUGAUGGCACAGUUUGUGCUGGUCAACGUAGUGGUGGCGGUGCUCAUGAAGCACCUGGAAGAGUCGCACAAGCAGGCCGACGACGAGCUGGACAUGGAAGCUGAACUCCAGGAGGAGAUGGAACAGGAGGAGAGGCAACUCCUUGAGGCCAAGAACAAGCUGGCAAUGGAAGCCAAGUUAGAGUUCCACAGGCCCAUUGUGAAGAUGUCAUCAUUGCCAGCCAAUUUCACGUUUUAUUUCCAGUGCGAUGACGCUGGCGGCGAGUCCACGUCAUCAACGCUGCCGGUAAUCAACAUCUGCAUUCCAGACCAACCGGACGUCAUGUCCAGAGAAAAGAGCUUCUCAUCGUCAUCAUCCUCAGGAGUCGGACCUGAAGACAUCGAUGUCAUCAACGUUGAGCUUGCCUGUGUCGAAACAACGGCUCCUCCGCCCGACAUCAACCUUCGACGCGCAUCACCCGACAGCGGAUCGACCGACAAAGUGGCCGUUGCAGACUUGCGGUCGUGCGCCCUCGAAUCGGAAAACCUGCAAACGACCUCGCCGACCGACGAAAAAGGUCCCGACGAGGGGACCACGGAGCCGGGGUCGGGCGGCUCUUUCGACUCCGAACAGUCCGGCGAGCCUCCGCAGGCGUCCACCCUGACCAGCGGAAGCACGUCGCCGUCCGACGAAGAGUCGGAAACAACGAGCACAUCAACGUCAAAGCUUCGCUACCUGCUCCCGAAUUACCCCGAACUGAGCAAGGUCGUCGACCCCGACUCGAGCGAGUCGACGUCUUGGACGUUUUCGGCCGAGUUUCCGUCGUCCCUGCGGACGACGGUGGGUGCGGACGCAACCGACGACGAGAACGAAGACGCCGACGCCCGAACGCCAACGACCACAGCGACCGCUGCCGGCGACGCGGCGACUGUGGCGCCCGUUGUUGUUGUCGCCGAGGAGAACAAUGGCGACCUCGUUGCAAUCCAGCCCGGAAGUGACUCCGUGUCGUGACCGUGGCGCAGUCUCACCUCUUAGAGAACCAGUUGUAAUUAUCUCGUGCCGUGUGAAGUACCUGCUGCGUCGCCUGGUCGAGUGGGCGCAUAGGGAUGCGCCUUCGAGGCGGAUUGCCACGCGCAGCCAUGUUUCUGCAGGAAGACGCCUUCACAGCACAUUUACUGUCCCCAGCACAGUGCUCUCAGAACGGUUUUGUUUGUCGACUACGACGCUUGCUCUUCUGCGCGGGUGAAAACAUGCGUGGCACUAAUCGGGCCACGCCACAAGCUUGGCUUGCUGCUCCGUGCAAAAAAAAGAAAAAAACCUCGAGGGAAAACUCUUGAUAAGCCAAGCUCGUGUUUCCACUAUCAACAUUCUUCGUUUCCAUAGUGUUCUUCUCCUUCAGAACCGUUUGCUGACCAAGCUGCAUGCGAGAGUCGUAUGAAUGAGCCAUGCGAGGUGCCUGCCACGUUAACCUCGUUUCAACUGUUUUCGUUUGUUUGUUCGUUUGACUGUUGUUUAUUGUGAGCUGUGGUGACACAGACAUUUCUGUCCAGCCAAUGAGCGGAAUUUUUUUUGUUUUCUGUUGCGAAUUUUCCUCUUUCUGUGCUGUCAUAGUCACAUUCGCAGCUCCACUAUAGUUUCACGCCCACGAGUGACUUUUUUUCUUUUUUUCGCAGCCGCCUCACCUGUGUCAAGAUGCAUUUGUCCGAAGGCCCAAUUGUCGCAGCAGUUUUCGUACAAAGAAAUGCCAGAGGCGUGACGUUUCAUUCGCUCUAUCUUAAACUGGCCGACACCUCAUUUGUGCAGCCGUUAGUGGAGGGUUGAUAGUUUGCCGGAAACAAAAACUUUGUGUCGUAGCUUACGUCGCACCGGGCUUAACGUAAUUACGUUGUCGACCCUUGCUGCACCACUCAGCUGCACAUCUUAGGAACUGUUCUACAACUCGUAUGUGUUUCAUCUGCUCAACUAUGAACGCUAAAUAACUAGUAGGCCUUCAGUCGACCUUCUUGCAAGCUCGGCAGUGUCUUCUUGCUCCUUAGAACAAAGCCUGAAGAAAUAUGGUUUGGCAUCUUGGUUUCCGUACUCUUUUUCCGUAGAGGAGUGGCAAAAUAGUGGACAGAGAUGACACCGUAGAGCCAACAGGAGAAGGAGAAGGCAGGUGUGCUUAGAUUUCAAACCCUGCGUGUUGAAGCCGCUUGUAUUUUUUCACAACCCGUGUUGUUAAAACCAGCCCACAUGUGCCAUGUUAUAAGUGAGUCGACUCACUAGGUUAAAAAAAAAAAGAUGUCUGUUUCUGCCAAUCUAAGGUAAGGCUAGUCCCGAGAAUGGUGCUGACCUUGCCCCCGCGUCACACUCACCAGCAAUCAUUUAUAUAUACUAUACAUAUAUAUAAGAUAUAUCUCUAUCGUCUUUUUGUUUUCUUUAAAAGUAGUGUGGAAUCAACUAGUAACAUCAUUGUUUUUAGUGAGACACUGAAUUACGUACGUUAAUCAAGGAUGCGAAAGCUUUAGGCAGUUUUAUAAAUGUUGCCGUUCGUUUGCCCCGAUAGCAAAUGGUGCACAACCAAGUCGGUAGUGUGCCUGCAAUCGCAAGUGGUAGAACGCCCCGUGUACAGUAGACGAGAGUUUAUCUUGUUUCAAAUGUUCCGCUGCCAUGUUUGCUUGGGACCCGCAGGGGUCCGGAAUGCUCUGGACCGCUAUGAUCCAACCGAAUGAAUGUUUCGACGACCGUCUAGAAACAAAAACUUUCGUUAGCCCGAGGUUUGCCUAGGAGGAGUCACCGCCUCGUUUGACGUGCUUAACAGAAUAGCAGCAGCAAGCCAUUAAUGUCUUUUACGAAACUUCGACACUUCUGUCGAGUGUUGUAGCUCUAUUGAGCAGCGCAGAUCACAAAUAGAAAACCAAAAGGCUCAGCUGACUCUGACACCGUCGUACAUGGUUUUAACAUGAUGUUUAACAGUAUCCAGUCGUGCACUCAACAAUCGACCGAAUGGCAAGCACAUCUCUCAACGCUGAACUUCACCCGCAGUACAUUGCCAUCGCUCGACUGGGCAACUCACUCAAGGCUCAAAGAAAAGUUGGGCACGCCAGUAAAGCUCUGCGAUCAAAUGUUUGGUUCUCGAUCUCGCGAUAUUGCAAAAGCCUCGCCAACUUGCACACCUGCGUUGUUUCUUUCAUGCGUAGAAAUUUGUGGCUUGAGUUCGCAAGUAAGCAAUACAUUUGGCACAGACAUUUUCAAAAUUUAUAAUGCGCUAAAUGGAAGCAGGAUUCCUUUUAACAGUUUCAGUUUGCCACGUCCAGAGUUAGCGCUUUGUCGUGCUUCUGUCAGCCGUAAAACAGCACACAAAAAUGAGGAAACAGCGAGCGACAACUUCACAAAUGACUGUGCCAAUUUCAUUAUUUUCGGAGAACAACAACUUAGCGAGUUUAUAGACGUCAAGACAAAAAUUAGCUUUAGAAGGCCAGCCAUCGUCUAUCUCCGUGAAACCAAGGUGCCAUUAUCUGGGUCCCUCCGUUUCUAGACUCCGUGUAGCAGCGUUUCUUUUUCCCAACUCCAAACCCAAGUUGGUCGUUGCCAUGACGGAAAAAAAUCAAACGAAUACACCGCACACUACUUUGUAUAAUUCCGCCUCAUGCGCACCUGUAUGCACCGCAGCCUGGAUGUCACACCAACACUUUCGUAAUCUUCACCGUGUAACCACACGCGCAGGCAAGUGGAAGAGGCAUCCAGCCACCGAGUUAAAAUGAAACUGUACACUAGCUCGUCUCAUCAUGUACAUUCUGUAAGAAAAAAAAAACAAAGAGGAGCUUUCCCCCUUGCCUCAUCGGAGCAAAAGGUGCACGUUGAGUCUCUAGAAGUUUGAUAUAAAAUGCCGAGUAUGUUAAAAAAUAUUCAGGAAGCAAACGAGUCUUUUAAUUGCUGUAAAACAAAACACUGUGAAAUCCCCCCUUCCUCUCGAAGAAAGGCUUAUAGGUGUCUCCGUAGCGAUGAUGAAAGGAAAAAAAAGACACGUAUCUUCUAGUUUCGUUUGAGCUGCUGUUGUUAUAUAUGAGCAUUUGCCGAAAUCCCACAGUGGUGUGUCGGGUGACUCAAAACGUAGAAGAAGAUAUGCAAGCCAAGGCCACAGAGCGAAGUCGCUUUCUAACGUGGGAGGAAAGGAAUUUCCCGAGAAGGACACCAACACCCUUUUUUGUGUGUGUACGUUUAUCAUCGUUAUUCCAUCACCCCCCCCCCCCCCAACCAACCCCGCUAUCUCCUGCUGGUUCCCAGCAAAGCACGUGUGUCGUGCACUCUACGCGCUGUUGUCGCUUGCGUGUCGUUGCCUUCCUAGGUUUGACGCUGCCGCCGUCACCCGCCAACAGCGGGUCGGUGCCGCUGCAUUUUUUUGUUCAUCUCACGCCGCAAAUCCUGAAAUCGCAGACGUGUGCGUUCGGGGUUAUCAACCAGGCUUGACCCCUGCAAAGCAUUGCGAAGGAAAGCGGUUUUCCUGAACUUCCGACGCAAACGGAGCGCGCACCUCCCAUACCUUGCCUUCAAAUAUUUUUUGUUUUCUUUCUCUCCAAGCGUGUGAACAUACGCAUGUCCUUCAAAGAAUGCUUAGGGAGCGAGUAUUGUUUUAUGCGGCAAGUGCAAUUUUCGGUGCUUUCCGGAGCACGGUUUGCGUCGCUGGGCAAAAAUGCCACGCCAGUUUUAUGCGCGCGCAUACGCGAUUUGUGGCUUGUCUCGACGCCCGCCCUUCACAAACCAAUCGCGCAUGGUCUCUGUCUUGUUAACAAUUGUGUGGAAGUGUGGUCUUUCAUGCAAGAACUUAAUGGCAUGGACGGCCACAAUACACACAGAUAGCCAUCUAAAAGACCACAGGAGACACUAAGCUCUUUCGUCUCACAUAGGCCGUUUCUGCGAUGUUUCUGCAUGAGCAUGUACUUAGCGAGAAAGUACUGACUGUUUUCUCCUAGACAAUAUGUUAGACACUGAACACAAGAAAUGGGUAUUGAAACACAAUAUGCUAGCUGGAAACCAAGGUUUACCAAUCUGUGAAAACUGAAGCUCGAAUUAGAACAAAAGCUUGUCAGAACUUCAGCUAUCCACGUUUACAUGGAUGUGCGACGUGGAAUCGCUCCGUAUUGAAAUUUCAAAGCAUCCGGCAAUCCCAAAACAAAGCAAUGCGUGCGCAUUGUUUAAAACUUUUUCGUGUUUUAAUUUACACCUGGAAGUGCAUCCUUUCAGACCUGCACGCAUGGGAGCUCUAGUUUUAUUCAGACUUAAGCAGUGUUCCCUAGUUAAAAAGCGCUGCCUGUUGUCGCUCACUGUAAAAUUGUUCGAUGCAACUUGUUUUCCAUCGUCGAAACAUCGACCCCAACCUUUCAGUCCAUGCAAGGAUACGCCUUGGGCCAAUGUAGCCUUUCCUAUUGUUGGCGCCAAUGAUACAUCUCCUAGGGACCACUCCAUCCUUGUCGGCACGUUUCAGUUGGUGUCUUUGGGAGGGCUUGAGAGAGAACCACGAGCCUCACUGAACACCGCGUGGCCACUUUUUUCAGGCUUUCGCUACGUGAUGCUAGAAUUCCCCAUGUGCCUCAUACAACAUUCACGGCUCGAACAUCGUUACCAGCUCUGCUAUGUUUUCAUGUCACAGCAGUGUUGCAUGCAAUGUUCCGUUUUAUUUCUUCCAUGCCAUUACUAUUUGUACAAACCACUUCGUCAUAAUGCCUCGGGUGUGAAAACCGUCUUCGUCCAUUCAAUGUCAAAUCCAGAGUUGAUUCUCAUUACAGUUGAGCACACUACAGAGAUGAAGGCAUUGAACUUAAGUCGACUCGUGUUAAUUCAACAUUCUUGGAAGCCACGUAGUUCCAUUUGAAGUCUGUGAACAUGGUGCUCUCUCAAGCAAAAUUAGGAGCUACAGUGCAAUUGGAGUUACAUGCAGUAAAAACUUGUCCUCUCUCAUCGUAACUACGGAAAUGGAUGUGUGUAACUCAUGGAUUUCUCAGAAGACACAGCAUUUAAAUGGUGCAUGCAUUUGGCUGAAUCACUGGCACCUUCUUGCAGUCAUGCCUGCCAACGUACACAGCAAACUGAUCAUCAUAGUUGCGCACAUCAGUGUGCACAGAUUUUAACAUCAAACAUGAACGCAUUAUUAAUUAGAGCUUCUGAAAUGCCGCCUGUAUCGCCAUUUCCAGCCGCAAUGUUGUGGCUGAGAAAUUUGUUAACUUCGCAUUAGUCUUAAAUUAGGCAAUUUCAAUAUAAAUGAAAUACACACAAGGCCAAGCAACAUGUUGAAUAAUGUUCAAAUUAGCCAGUAUUUUUAAACGUGACGAGUCCACUGCAAGUAAAACCUUUGAUAGCAUGCCAAUUUCGCCCGACAAAAAUGACACCUUGGUGCUUUUAUCGCCAAUUUGUUUCUUUGUUCCUUUUACUAGCUACCUUUUUUUGUCUAUAAUUUAUACUCUUUCCUUCCAAAGAGACAGAUAAAGAGCAAGAAAUAUCUAGGUGCCGAGUACAAUGCACAAAAGUUCACUUUAAGAAGACAUUUUCACACAGCUCAUUGCUAUGCAACACUGGUGUUCGAAUUGUCGAGAGUUGUGCGCACCAAACGCGCACACCUCGGGAAGUUUCACAGGUGCUUGAAUCACAUUUUAAGUGUCGCACACUGUUGUAGCCAGACCUCAACAUCCUUGAAACCUCGAAUGAACUCUUGUGUGAAACUGCUUUGUUGUAGCCCCCUAUUUGUACAUAGUGUUCACUGCCUACAUCCCCAACUGUGAUGUUCGAUACUGUGUGCAGUCUAGCUGCAACUGAAAAGCGCUUGACAACUGUCGUACGCCGUCAAUUGUAAAUAAGCUGCCCCACCUUGGAAAUCUAGCCAUUUAGUAAAACCGGUAAAUUGAUGGAUGUUUGCUUAUUCACUUGAAUUCCAAUGUGUGGUGUCAUGCACAUGAUAAAGACUCAACUUUUCAGGGUUUGCUUCUUCAACAGUAGGGUAGCAAACUACGAAGACGUCAUGCACGUAGGCGAACUCCACUUUGAAGCUCAUCGUGACGAGACGUGAAUAGCUUUUCAAAAUGUGUUUUGUGAACGCCUUGUUUGUUGCUGUUGAUCUGUCAUUUGGUGUCUAGACAGUGCAUUUUUUGUUUCGGUACAUGAAUAUUGUGACAGGCAAAAUUGUCCACAGUGUGUCCAGCACUUGCCUUUGUACAACUUGGAGGCUGUAGUCCGAUUUCCAUCCCUGUGGAGCAAUCCUCCGGACAUGCGGUCCGACUGGCUGACACGGCACAGGCAACAGAGCCCAUUCACGGCGCACCGCGAAAAGUGUAAAAGCGUCAACGUCGCACCAUCUUACCAAGCUUUCAGUAGCCGUCUCUCUGCAAUACAAUCGUUCUGUUAACAAGCGCUCGACUAUUUUCCAUAAACGCAACGAAAUUUUCUAAAGCAGAAUAGAAAGAAGUUAGGCGAAACAGUUCUAGAAUCAUUUUCGCAGACGUAGUUUCCAUGUAAUCAUAGCAGCCUUUUUAACAAUAUGAAUGUUCACAAGAGGAUGGAGUCAUCAAUAGAACUUGAACAAGAGAUGUCAGUGGAGCCAAUGUUCUAACAAUCCUUCCUUCAGAAACCUUUAUGAACUCUUUGUUGUAAGAUUGCCUUCAGAGACAACCAUUGUUCAAACAACACAGAUUACCUGUCAGUGUUGCAUUUUCUUGCAGAAGUAGGAUCUGUUAGACACCCCCAUAUCAGUUAUAUCGCGUCUGAGAGACAGUUCGUUAGCCUAUUGGCUGCCAAAACCAGCAAACCGCCGGGUGCAAGAAAAGGGGCGGGCGACAUUGCUGAAGCCGUCAAUUCGGAAGGUACGAAGCAUUACUGGAUUCAGAAGCUAUUUGUAGAUGGGACAACAGCGAACAUAGGCUGGAUGAGUUUAGAAGUGUUGUCAGCGGAUGCCACUAGGUGUCUUAAGAAAUGGUUGCCAUUUCUUUUUGUAAAACCUUGUGAACGCGCUCAACACCAAUGCAUCUCGAAGUGGCACUGUGGGCGUUUUUCAUGUCAGAUUAUUCCGCUAAGCUCUGAAGAACACUACUCAUCAUGGCAUUUCAAACAGCAGUAUGAAAAUUAAACAAAUUUGAAAAGUAGGCUGGGAUGGAGGGAGAGUUUCAGGGAAAGGUGCAGUGCAGCUUUCCAUCUUUCCAUAUGCCCAAAUGUUUCAAACUUUUCAACGCGAUAAUAAAUCUGUGAUUGGCAGUUACAGUUCAGAACGGAAACGCAGUGCUUCAUACAGCAAAAAAAAAAAAUACCUUGUUCACAAUUUCUACAUUUACGGCCAUAGAGAAUUGCACCACACAACAGUGGAUGCUCAUGUAGCGCAUGUAAAAGCAAAAUUAAUCCAGAAAAAGGGCCACGCAACCUUUGGUAGCCAAUGGGUUAAUAGAUCCCAGAUUAUUUUAGGAUGUGGCAGUGGCUAGUGACAGCCCAAAGUUUGUAGGAUAUGCCAGCGCCACUGAGCCAGCAUUUCUCAUUACAGUAGCCGUAUUUCUAGUGUUUCAGCCUAAUGGACCAAUCUCCAGUUGCCUCCGGGAGUUGGGAAUCAGAAUACAGAUUCCAGAACUUCCGUGCAGAUUCCAGGACUGUAUGGAAUCUGUAUGGAACAAGCUGCACAGAUUAGCUUCAUGUAAAUCCGCCACAAAAGCGCGAAAAAGCGGCUCAUUGAUGUGCAGUUCCAAAACAAAACUGUGUCGCGAGACGACCAGAUGAUUGUGCAGUGUGUUUAGCGUCCACAUUUACGUGCCAGCAUAAUCGAAGUGCUGUGAAAGGUCAUUAGGCAAGGUGACCCAGAUUCUCAUCAACAACCAAGACCCCACCUCCCCCUUUCUGCAAGAAAAAUAUACGUCUUCAGUAUUACGAUGUCUGGUGAGUGCACAUGUAACAUACUCUCUAGUCGGAGUGCUUGGGUGUGCGAGAUGCAGAGUUCCUGUACAGGUAUUUCACAUCUUCAUGUACCGUUUCCCAGUGCCGUUGCUUCGCUUCACAUAAAUGUCACUUGACUAGCUUCUCUCUCGACACAAGUUGCAUACCGAAAAAGGGCCACCCGCCACCAUUAACUUGCCUUACUGCCUUUAGCCUAUUCGCUGCACGUCUCGCAAAGCUGGCAACUGGUGUUUGCAAACCCCGUUCCUCAACUGUCUCAAUGGUCCCCGCUUAUCAGCCGAGAAGUUCAGCUGCAUGCCGACGGGCGACGCCCGGUCUGGCGCAAGAAUUCCCGCGCACCAACACAAGAACUGCCCCCCUGCAGAAGCACGCAUUACUUGUUGAAAAAGAGACGUCUUCUGUCGAGCCUGUAGUUCUGCAGGGGAGGGGUGUCACGGCGAAAAACAAGUGUCGAGCCUAUUUGAAAAACAGUCAAGAUAAUGCCGUUUCGCUGGCCAUAGCAGUGACAGCGGCUCGAGUGUUGAAAAUCGCGUGUCUGAAGGUGCGACUCGCUCUGUGGCCGAAGCGAGUAAGCUGUGAUCCUGUUAAUUCAAACGAGAGAUGUGUCACUGGGGGAACAAGCCUUUUUUUUCUUUUUGUUAUGUCAUUAUUAAAAUAACAAAUUCCACAA